AGAGCAGAGCCGGGCUGGGCUGAACCGAGUGCUGGAGCCCCGCAACCCCGCACUGCGCAUCCAUCAGUUAACAGAAGGGCCUGACGGCCCCACAGCCCCAGUCCCUGGGAAUCCGUCCUCCCCGGGCAGCAAAACUCCACGAGAAAUCCCCUGCACCCGCACGCUGAGUGCCACACGGCACCGGGGGGGGGCGGCCGGAGACCCCUUCCUCCCGGCCUCGUGCCCUCGCCGCACAUUUAGCUUUUCCUGUUUCAACUUUGCCUGCGAACCCAAUGAGGAAAUAAGGCGGUGUCACAUGCGCUGCGCUGACAGUUGGCCCCAGCGAAUGCUGACGGAGGGGUAGCGGAGAGCUGCUGGCAGCCCGGGGCCCCCCCCAGGGCCGCCCUAUAGCCAUGUUCUCCCGGAAGAAACGUGAGUUGAUGAAGACCCCCUCCAUCUCCAAGAAGAGCCGCGCAGGGAGCCCCAUCCCGCAGACCUUGCCUGAUCUGUCCCGCAAGGACUGCCUGGAAGCUCCCAGCCCCGCGGAGCUGCCCCCCACCAGCUCCAAACUCAGCAGCAGUCCCAGUGCUGUGGGCACCCUGAAGCGCCCCACCAGCCUCAGCCGCCAUGCCAGCGCCGCCGGCUUCCCUCUCACUGCUGCCAACCCCCGGGCCGUCCCUAAGGGCCACAAGACCCCCACAUCCCACAGCCCUAUGGAGGGUGGGGAGGGUCCUUUCAUCGAUGUGGAGGACAUCUCUCAGCUCCUGACCGAUGUGGCGCGGUUCGCAGAUGCCCUGGAGAACCUGCGGGACGUGGUGCUGCGUGAUGACCCCAAGGAGUCCCAGCGGCCGCAGGCCCACGAGUGUCUGGGUGAAACGCUGCGGGUGCUGCGCCAAGUGAUCAACAAAUACCCACUGCUCAACACGUUGGAGACGCUGACUGCAGCAGGGACCCUCAUAUCCAAAGUGAAAGGAUUCCAUUACGAAUCCAACAAUGAGACAGACAAGAGGGAGUUUGAGAAGGCCGUGGAAACCAUCGCGGUGUCCUUCAGCAGCACCGUCUCUGAGUUCCUCAUGGGGGAGGUGGACAGCAGCACCAUCCUCUCCAUCCCACCCAGCGACCAGAAUCAGUCUAUGGAGAGCCUCUAUGGGGGGAUCCCUGGGCCUGGAGGGGAUGGUGUGCCCUCGGGCAUGGAGAGCUAUGAUGCAGUUCGUCCGGCGGCAGAGGAGGUGGAUGUGAUGCUGCAGCGCUGUGAGGGAGGUGUGGAUGCUGCCCUGCAGUAUGCCAAGAACAUCUCCAAGUACAUGAAGGACCUCAUCGGGUACCUGGAGAAAAGGACGGCGCUGGAACUGGAGUUCGCCAAAGGGCUCCAGAAGAUGGCAAACAGCUGCAAGCAAACCUUCACGCAGGAGACCAGCAUGCCCUUCCUGUCCAUCUACCUGCUGGCACUGGAGCAGGACAUGGAAUACGGCACGUCGGUCCUGCAGACUGUCACCACGCUGCAGCACCAGACCUUCCUGCAGCCACUGACUGUGAGGCGCCUGGAGCACGAGAAGAGGAGGAAGGAGAUCAAGGAGCAGUGGCACCGUGCACAGCGGAAGCUGCAAGAUGCAGAGGUGAACCUGCGGAAGGCCAAGCAGGUGUACAUGCAGCGCAGCGAGGAGCACGAGAAGGCCAAAUAUGUGGCAGUGAGAGCAGAGGAGGAGCAGCAGAGCACCGCCAGCAAUGUCACCACCAAAACCCUGGACAAGAAGAGGCGGCUGGAAGAGGAGGCCAAGAACAAGGCAGAAGAGGCCAUGGCCACCUACCGGACCUGCGUGGCAGAUGCCAACACGCAGAAGCAGGAGCUGGAGGACACCAAAGUGAAUUCCCUGAGGCAGAUCCACGAGCUGAUCAAGCAGAGCGACCAGGUCAUCAAACUGGCCACCAUCGCCUUCUACCAGAUCAUGCACAUGCAGACGGCGCCGCUGCCCGUUUACUUCCAAACCCUGUGUGAGAGCAGCAAGCUGUACGACCCCGGGCAGCAAUAUGCCUCGCAUGUCAAGCAGCUGCAGCGAGGGGAUGAGCCCGACACGCAGUACGACUUCGAGCCUUACGUGUCCCACAGCGCCUGGUCCCCCUUCACCCGCACACGGAAGGGCAGCUUCAACGCCAGCGACUUCUCCACCAGUGGUGGCUCUGAUGGGGCUGGGCUGCCCAGGGAUGGGAGCAACACAGAUGGACCCAGAGAGACCCAGGGUGGGACGCUGGCAGAGCGCAGAGCAGGGAGGGGACACCAGGUGCACAAAUCCUGGCCGACCACCUCCGAAGCUGACAGCAGCCUGGAUUCCAGCACAGCAGGAGAGUUCAGCCACAAACUGCGACGGUUGUCAUCCAAUGGCACCAUGUCCUCCAGCGAGGAGCUGGGAGAGAAGGAUGAGAACGCUGCCUCCUUUGAGCAGAGCAUCAAUGGGAUCACCCCAGAGAUGGCAGCACCCACGGGACCCUUCCGGAACGUGGGUUUGUCCAGGGCAGCCCAGACCCACCGGCUGAGGAAGCUGCGGACCCCCUCCAAGUGCAGGGAAUGCAACAGCUACGUGUACUUCCAGGGGGCAGAAUGUGAGGAGUGCUACCUGGCGUGCCACAAGAAGUGCUUGGAGACCUUGGCCAUCCAAUGUGGGCACAAGAAGCUCCAGGGGAAGCUGCAGCUUUUUGGGCAGGACUUCCUGAAGGCUUCUCAGGGCAGCGCUGACGGCAUCCCCUUCAUCGUUAAGAAGUGCAUCUCUGAGAUUGAGAAGAGGGCGCUGAAAACCAAGGGCAUCUACCGAGUGAACGGCGUGAAGACCCGCGUGGAGAAGCUCUGCCAGGCCUUUGAGAACGGGAAGGAGCUGGUGGAGCUUUCCCAGGCGUCCCCACACGACAUCAGCAACGUGCUGAAGCUCUACCUGAGACAGCUGCCCGAGCCCAUCGUGCCGUUCCGGAUGUACAACGCGCUGAUGGGAGCAGCCAAGGAGAGCCUGCAGGGCGGCAGCGAGGCCAAAGGGAGGAGUGGGAAAGGGGGUCCGGAGCUGGUGGACAAAGGGGCCGACACCGAACGCGUGGUGGUGAACCUGGUGUUGAAACUGAAGGAGCUGCUGAAGGAGCUCCCGUGGGAAAACACGGCCACGCUGCAGUACCUCCUGCAGCACCUGAGGAGGAUCGUGGAGGUGGAGCAGGACAACAAGAUGACCUCCAGCAAUCUGGGCAUCGUCUUCGGGCCGACGCUUCUGCGGCCACGGCCCACGGAUGCCACCAUCUCUCUGUCCUCGUUGGUGGAUUACCCCCACCAGGCGCGCGUCAUCGAGGCGCUCAUCAUCUUCUACCCCACCAUCUUCGAGGACAAAGGCAGCACUCUGACCGCUGACGGCACUGAAUUCACCGCAGAUCGCGAGGACGAGACCCCGCAGGAUGAGCCCACGGCCGCUCCGUGCCCGCAGCCCCCGGGGAAGGGCGACCUGGGCUACAACGUGGGAGCGUUCGGGGCCCCGUACGGAUCCACAGAGCCCAGCGAGAGAUCGGUGGAUUCCGACUCGGAGCUGGAGGACGGCGGGCAGCUGCGAAAGCAAGAGAGCGAAACGAGCACGGACGAAGCUCCGUUCUACGAGGAGGGCAGCGAGGGGCAGCGCAGCCGCACGUGCAGCACCGGGCAGUCGGACACGGAGGGUUCAGCGCUGCGCUGCGCUGCAGGAGAGCACAGCGACCCCGAAGAGGAGCCCGAGAGCGACGCCACCACCGCAGCUCAGCAGUGAGAGCGGCCCCAGGCGGCGGUGGCUCGGCUGACGAAGCUCGCGUUGCUGCUUGUAUACGACGA